AUGAGCCGCCUUGUUUCCAGUCUGAGGGACCUAUUCCAGGGCCGGCCCCGCAAGGAGCUGUACAUGAAUGUCUCUACCGUCGACUCGGACUCGGGCGACGAGCUCAAACAACAAUACGAACCGACCAGCAACAAGCCGGGCCAACACUCGAGAACCGCUCCUCCUUAUGUCAAAGCCAUCGUGUUCUUUCUGGGAGGGUUCACCUCCGCCCUAGCUUUGGCCGUGGCAGUGGCCCGGUCCCUGCCCAUUCCAUCUGCGCCGUCGGCAGACACGUCGAGCUUCGCCGGCGUCGUGCAGCCUGCUAUCCCCGGGCUGUACUUUUCCGACACGGUGGACCCCCAUCCCCUCCUGAACAGGAGCUGCGGGCAGUCCGUGGCAGAAGCAAGACAGGCAGGGUGCGUCUUCGACCUACUGUCAACAGCAUGGACGCCGGCCGAGUGCGUGGACUUGAGUGUAACAGAGGAGUUCAUCACAGCCAUCACGAAGGACGGCGCCUGGCCAUAUUACCACGACAAGGAGGGCAGGCUCCCCUUUGAGGACAUGGAGGUGCUCAGGGCGGGAGACUGGGUGGGACAGGAGCUGUGGUCAACCAUGAGGUUACAUCAGCACCACUGCCUCUUCACCUGGCGGCGGAUGCACAUUGCCUACAACGGUGGGCCGCCUGUCGACACGGUCAGCCGGGGCCUUCGCCACACGAAACAUUGUGCGAAGAUGCUGUUACACAGGGACCCGCCGGAGUCGGUGUCUGGGCUGCAGCACGUUUAUUUCCGAAGUUGUUAA